AUGGCCCGUAUCUCUUAUCCAGACAUCCUGACUGACAAGCCAACAGAAAGCCACUGCUCAAGGAUGACUGAAGAGCAGCCCUUGAUGAUCACCAUGGAUCUGACCAUCAAAGAUGGCACCCAGGAUGCUCCCCAAGCCCACCUGCUCCACUGGGCCAGGGAGAGGAGAGAAGGAGUUCAGCUGUGCUCCAGCAAGCUGCAGAUUUGGUCUGACUCCAUCUCUGAAAUCCAGAAGGCUCUGCAUGUGAGUGAAUUCUGGAAUCCAGAGACCAUGAAGAUCUUUGCCCCUUACCUCAGCCAGAUGAAGAACCUUCACCUCCUGAAGCUCUCCAAGAUGUAUGCCGACUUCUACACUGCCAGCCAAAAGAACUCUUGGUAUUCCUGGAAAAUCGGGGCCCAUCUGGGCCAGCUGCAGCAUCUCCGGGAGCUUCAUAUGCAUGAAGUCCUCUUCCUUUAUGGAAGGCUGCCCGCCGUAUUCAAGAGCCUGAGGUCUUUGAAGGCCUUGUCUCUGAGUGCCUGUGCACUGCAGGAGGCCGACCUGAGGUGUCUGUCCCAGGCUCCCUGCACCAGGCAGCUCCAGCACCUGCGUCUGACCAGUUUGUUCAUGGAUAACUCUAGUCCUGAGUCCCUGCGAGACCUGCUGGAGCACACAGCCAGCACCCUGGAGACCCUGGCCCUGGAGGACUGUGCCUUCACGGAUGCCCAUCUCUCGGCCAUCCUGCCGGGCCUGAGCCAGUGCUCCCAGCUCCGCUUCUUCAGUGUUGAUGGGAACCACAUCUCCAUGGCUGCCCUGUACAACCUCCUGAGCCACACGGCCAGGUUGGGCCACUUAAGCCGAGGCCUCUAUCCUGCCCCUCUGGAGAGCUACCGCCCUCAGGAGUGGGGGCUAGGAAACAUCGACCCUGAGAGACUUGCCCUGGUUCUGGCAAGUUUGGAGCAGGUAUUGAGAGACCUGGGGCCAACCCAGAGGGUCCAAAUCUGUACUGAUUUCUGCCAUCACCAGAACAAGUGCCAGUUCUACAGCCUGGGCCCGGAUGGUUCUUGGGUGCUCACAGAGGAGGGGCUUCCCAGCCUUUCUGCUCUGUCUGUGUAG